CUCACAACUCCACACACGACACAAUGGCGCCCACAAAACCCAGCAGCAAGGGCAAGUCCGGCCUCAAAGGGAAAAGCAGCGGCGCAUCGAAAUCGAAAGCGCGCGGCAAAGAACCCGAAGGCAUUUCCAAACGCAAGCAAAAGUCGCUCUCUCUCGCCAAGCCUGGCGGCGCGCAAAAGACAAAAUCGUUCAAGACCAAGGACGGCAAGAAGAAGAAGCGCGUCUACACCGAAGCCGAGCUCGAUAUUCCUAAAUUGAACUCGAUUGUACCCGCGGGCAUUGCGAAGCCAAAGGGCCAGAAGAAGGGAAAAGUGUUUGUGGAUGAUCCGGCGAGCAUGAUGGCGAUUAUGAGCGUGGUGAAUGCGCAGAAGGAGGGGCAUAUUGAGAGCAAGAUCAUGCGCGCCAGGCAGUUGGAGGAGAUUCGGGAGGCGAAGAGGAAGGAGGCUGAGGGGCGGGCGGAGGAUAAGAAGGCAGACUUUGAGGAGAGGAAACAGAACCUCAAGAAGAAGAGGAAGAGGAAUUCCGAGCCUGCGCGCACCGAGGACGCUGAGACCGGAGAACCAAAGAAGUCGGUGAAGAAGGAUGGCAAGUUCAAGCCCAAGAAGAGAGUGAGCUUUGGUUGAAGACGGGGGUGAUGAACUGGUCUAAAGAGUCUACGAUGUCUACAGGUCUAUGAUACCCGAGUCCGCGCAAUGCAAGUCUAUAUCGCCAUCUACGCAUCCGGGAGGAUCAGUCGUCUAUGGUUGGGGUCGAAGAUGGGAUACACUUUGUUAGGAGCGUCGACCUUGUCCUCCUGACGUUCGACUUUGGACGCUUGGUGGUCGAUAGUCUCGUGUAUCUUGGUUAGGAAGGAGGCAGUAGCUGUUGCAAACCAUCGACCGCCACCAAGCUGGAAAGACCCUAGGUGGCCACCCCAGUUGGUGGUGCACAGCAGCGUGUACGGGUUCUGCUUAAACUCUUCGUACGGUAUGGCCACCUUGGAAGAGAUCUAUACGAUAAAGUCAGCACAACAGCUC